UCUGCUGCAGCCAUUUCCCACAGGAGCUGCAGGAAUGCAGGCAGGCACCUGAGGCUCAGAGGGUAACCAUGGCAAGGUGCUCUUGGAUGAUAUUCUUCCUUCUCUCUGCCCUUUUCCCUCAGACAGAGCAGGCAGUAUUUAUAUCAGCUCAUGAUGCAAACAGUGUUAUCAAGAGACAGAGACGUGCCAGUUCCAUCCUUCUGGAGGAGGUCCUUCAAGGCAGCUUGGAAAGAGAAUGCCUAGAAGAGAGAUGUACACAUGAAGAAGCAAGAGAAGUAUUUGAAAAUGAUGAAAUGCUUAAAAUGUUUUGGGAUAUCUACUAUGGUGGCAGGAGGUGCUCCUCAAGCCCCUGCCAGCACAAUGGGGUGUGUGAGGACAGCAUCCGUGGCUACACCUGCACCUGUGCUGAGGGCUACGAGGGCGAGAACUGUGCUUUUGCUAAAAAUGAAUGUCACCACCAAGCAAAGGUAGGAUGUGACCACUUCUGCUAUCCAGGAAGGGAUUCCUACCGCUGUUCCUGUGCUGAUGGCUACGAGCUGGGGAAGGAUAAAAAACAGUGCAUUGCAUUAGAUGCAUGUGCAUGUGGCAGACUUCAAGACAGUGAUAACCUUAUAAGUGAAACCAGGAAGAAAAGUGAUGAGCGAUUUCCUUGGCAGGUACUGCUGCUAAACCCAGAAGGGAAAGGCUUCUGUGGAGGAGUGUUGCUAAAAAGUAACUUCGUGUUGACCACAGCAGAGUGUGCCCUUCUGCACAGCCAUUUUCAAGUCAGGGUUGGUUCUGGCCCUAAUGGAACAAGUGGAACUGGGAAGAUAAUUCAGAUCAGGGAGAAACACAUCCACAUCCGCUAUGAUGAAGACACUGGUGAGAACAACAUUGCAUUGCUACAACUUCAAGAGCACGUUGAGUGUGACAGCUCCCACCUUCCUGUGUGCACCCCUGAGAGAGACUUUGCAGAACACGUUUUAAUUCCAAAAUUGGCUGCUACAGUCAGUGGCUGGAGAGUGGAGGGUGAUGAACUUGAAGGCGAAGAGCUGCAGGUUUCAUACCUGCCUGCUGAGGACUGCAAGCAAAUCCUCAACGUCAGCCUCACAAACAGGCAGUUCUGUGGGCACCUCCAGGAGGCUGUGCACAAACACCUGGCUGGAGGGAGCUUUUUGGUCACUGAGUACAAGGGCACGUGGUUUCUCACUGGUAUCCUGGGAUCCUGGCCGCUGGAAGACACUGACUGGGAAACGCUGCUUUUCACCAACACUGCAAGGUACAUGGUAUGGGUUAAACAAAAAAUAAAGUAAAACACAAACACAACCAACUCCCAAGCUCCAAGCCCCUACCAAUCAUUGCAAGGAAACAUGUGGAUGCAGCCAGUACUCCCAUUUGACUCUACUACUAUUUACAGCAAUGGAAGCUGCAACAAUGACAUGUAUUUAACUCCAGUUUAUACAGAAAAGCCUGUUUGUCUUUCCUUCUGAUGCCACACAGUACUCUGAGUCAUGAUACAGUAAACCUAGUUAUUGAACUAAAAACUGAUGUAAAAUUUCCCAGAACUGUUCAUCCUAAACCUCAAAACAUGUUGAGUAUUUUUUCUGGGAUUUCAAAUGUUGCUAGUACCCUGAGGUUUGAUUCAGCAAAUUCAUAUUCUUUUUUCAGGAUCCAUACAAGUAAAACGUAAAAGACAUAGGGAAUGUCAAGCUUUUAAAUGUCUAUGUUGAAGUAGCACUUGACAUUUUCAUCACAGUAAAAAAAUGCUUCCCCUCAUACAUGGAAUCUAUGUUUUCCCUUAUGAAUGAUGCCCAUGUCAGUUAGAGGGUAAAAUAAAACCCAACUAUCAAAGACAACAAAAAAUAAAUGUUUUAUUUGUUUUUAAAAUAAUUUUAAAACCCCCAAACUAAAAUCUCAGUCUGGACAAAGUUAUAUUGUACCACCCCCAAACAAACAAACCAACCCCCAGGGUAGUAACACUUAAAAUACUGGAUCCAGUGGUAGUGUUUUCCCCAGAAGCAAAAUAAAACAGAGUAUGGAUAAUUUA